AUGUCAAUCAUCGGUCGUCCCGUAGCUGGAAAGCUACAAUUCAAGGUUUUCGUCAGAGAUGUCCAAAAAACAGCAAGGGUUACAUGCACCCGUCCAACAUUGUCCAUAUUGCAUACCUUGAAUUUGACCUUCGUCAUCGUGCCGGGAAACACCCAUUUCUUUAUCGCUUUCACCCCAAAGGAGGGUUUUAGUUUCCAGAAUGUUGCUGGCAUUGUGAUUCCGGACUAUGUCUCUAUAAAACAAGGAAACAUAUAUAUCGCGGUGCACGGCACAUCGAUCUUCAAGUUCAUUGCCCGGACAUCCAGUGACUUUCUGCUGAGCCAACUGCCUCCCCAUAUCUGGACCUCUGUCUUUCUGAACCAGGAAUUGAGCAAUGUGUUUCUUCUCCUCUUUACCAUGGCCAUCACUCCCCGUCGUGUGGCCAAGACGUUGACCAUUUCCCGGUUGCGGCAAGACGACCAUCCUCGCCGCACUGGCCUUCACAAGGCCGGACUGCAUGUACUCAUUGUGACAUUGUCAAAUGCUGCUGUCGAUGCCUUCACUUCUCAACUGCUCUCUCUGGCGCCAGAUAUUGAUUACAUCCGCGUUCGACAGGCUCAGGUCGAACAGGUAUCUACUUUUAGCCGGAAAGUCGAAGAUGAAGACAAUCAGCUGUCAGUUUAUAACUCCGCAACUGCCAUUGUGAACUUGCUGGGUAUUAUUAAGAAUUUGCAGAACCAGAAAGUACAGGGCGAUCUGAGAUAUUCGGUCUUUGCUCACGUUGACCGCCACGCCAGACAGCAAUUCGCUGCUGAAGAAAGACUUGUUGUACCUAUCGGACCAGAAGGACAAGACGAGUCAGAAGAUUUUCCUGCGCUGGAUUUGGUCAGGAUAACAUAGAUGAAGAGCAGUCCGAUGAAGAGGGACAUGCUCGUGAGACCAUCGAAGCGUGCUCGGUGUUCUGUGCUCGGAUGGACCAGCCUCCAGAGAAACCCCAAUCUUCUUCGAGAGGUUCUGAAGAAAUCAUUCGGAAGUUGUGCAUAUGGCAAAAGGAUAGAUCGCGUUUGUGCAGAGCUUUUGGCGCUCUUUCAAACUAAAUCAUUAAGAAUGUCCGUACUGUCGCCUGCACCGACAAUCUGGAGGGUUCGCCGCGAGUCCGGAAACACUUCGAUACGGAUACUAAAGACAUUAUAUUGGAAUCAUUAAUAACAUAGAUAGCCAGGCAGUUGAGUCGAAAAUGGGGAUCCCUAUAGCAAAACUCGAUCAGGCAAAGUUUGUCAAAGCGUCAAUUCAUGGAGGAGACCGAUCAACUCUGGCUUUUUGUUAUCUUGAACUUCCAAUGUCGAGGAAUAAAUGAGUUUUCGCGUUAGCUAUCUCGUUCCUUAUAUAAACG